UUAAGCUCCUUUUACCAGGAAAUCUAAUUAAUACUUUCAUGUUUUUUUGUAUUCCAUCAGUUGCCCUUUCUUGCAAUCCGACGAUUCCCAUUUCUCCAUUUUCCCAAAUCUAAAUCUCCACCCUUUGAUCAGAUCAUCUCGCUGAUCAUAUCCUCCUCUGCUCACUCCUCCAGAUCUAACCAGCCUCACAAACACAACGAAAGAAAAAAGAGAAAAAAAAAACUCUUUCUUUCUCUCUCUGUUUCUCAUGUCCUGAUUCUUGGGGAGAGAGGAGAAAACCUAGGGGGGAAAAAAAAAAAAAGGUUGAGUCUGAGCUCAAAGUUACUAUCUUCACUGUCAUCCCAAAAAACCCAAAUGGUGGAAGCGCAAACAUGGACGACAAGGAGGAUGAGCAACCCAAGAUUGGACUCAACCGCCACCGCCGACCACCAGGUGUUGGACAUUCCGGCUACCCCAACUGGUGAUGAUAGAAACAGCUUCUACAGCGUUGGAUCCCAUCUCUCUCCUACCAUUUUAACUGCCCUGAUCAUUGCUUCAUGGUUCAUGUCCAACAUUGGGGUCCUUUUGCUUAACAAGUAUCUGCUCAGCUUUUAUGGCUACCGUUAUCCAAUCUUUCUCACUAUGCUUCACAUGAUCUCAUGUGCUUGUUACAGUUACGUCGCGAUUAACUUCCUUGAAAUAGUUCCAAGGCAACACAUUUUGUCAAGGAAGCAGUUUUUCAAGAUCUUUGCUUUGAGUGGUAUUUUUUGUUUCUCUGUGGUGUGUGGCAACACUUCGUUAAGGUACAUUCCGGUGUCGUUUAACCAAGCUAUUGGUGCGACGACCCCUUUUUUCACUGCCAUUUUCGCUUUCUUAAUCACUUGCAGGAAGGAAUCUGCUGAGGUUUAUUUUGCGCUUUUGCCUGUGGUUUUUGGGAUCGUUUUGGCUAGCAAUAGUGAGCCUUUGUUUAACCUGUUUGGCUUCUUGGUUUGCAUUGGUUCUACUGCUGGUCGUGCUUUGAAAUCAGUGGUUCAAGGGAUCUUGUUAACUAGUGAAGCUGAGAAGCUACAUUCCAUGAACUUGUUGUUGUAUAUGGCGCCCAUGGCAGCAAUGAUUUUGUUACCAUUUACCCUAUAUAUUGAAGGGAAUGUUGCACGAGUCACACUCGAGAAAGCUAGGAGUGAUUCUUUUAUUAUUUUCUUGUUGCUAGGGAAUGCUACGGUGGCUUAUUUGGUGAAUUUGACAAAUUUUUUGGUUACCAAGCAUACCAGUGCCCUUACCUUGCAGGUUUUGGGCAAUGCUAAAGCUGCAGUGGCAGCGUUUGUGUCGGUUAUGAUCUUCAGGAAUCCGGUGACCGUGAUGGGGAUGACUGGAUUCGCUGUUACGGUUAUGGGAGUUGUGCUUUACAGUGAGGCAAAGAAGAGAUCUAAAGUCACAACACACUGAGAAUAAGUUCAAAAGAAAGGAUGGGAUUCAUUUUGAUUGCCACAAACACGGGUGCGGCUCUUCUUUUUUUUUUUUAAUUUUUCGCUAUAAUUUCUUGCUUUUUAUUUUUGAUUAGAUUUAAAUGGAGGGAAAGAAUCAAAGAAGAGAAUUUGGAUUAAAGAAAAUUGUGAUUGGAUUGUAUAGGACGAUGGAGGAAAAUGAAAAGGAAAAGGGUCAGAUGCUCUUUUUUCUUUUGUUAUUGGGGUGGUUUAAGAGAAUAAAAUUCUCUCUUUCACUUUUCCCCUGCUUGUAAUCUUAUAUAUUGUUUUGCUGCUUUACGGACAGCUAGAAGACUCAAUUCAAAUAUUCAUUUCUCUGUGCUCUAGUUGGGAGAAAAAGUUCUCCCGCUUCUAUAUGUUAGAUAUAUCUCCUGCUUUUGCAUU